AUGUCGCCCGCGGCGGCUCUCCGCUCCGCUGGCGCGUCACAGAUCGCGGGGCUCCGGUCCGCGUGCUCCGCGCACGGCGCGAGUCGGAAAAAAGCGGCGCAGCGCGGCGAGACGAGCGAGGGCCCAGCUGGAAGCUUCCACGAAGAAAGGCUCGGGUGUAGCUGGCGAGGGUCCACGUGGCAGCUGAGGAGUGGGCGAGCAGCAGCGGGCAGGGGGGAUGGUGGUGGGAGAAUGGGUGGUGUGGGGCAGGCGCGGGCAAGUGUGGAUGAGCUGGCGGGCGUGCUGGUGUUCUCAGCCGUGCCCUUCGUGGCCGUGAAGGCGCUCGCCAACAGCGGGCUGGGCGGGCAACUCAGUCAGCGCCUGCAGCAGCGCCUGCCCGAGCUCCGACGGGCGGCUGACAGGGUGGAGGCGCAACGGGAGGAGGCACGGGAGCAGAGCCCAUGGUACGGUGCAUCUAGACCGCGCUGGCUGGACCCGCUGCCCUAUGCCUACCCGCCCUACCUGGACGGGCGUGUGGCGGGCGACUUUGCAUUCGACCCCGCCGGCCUUGCCCGAGACCCCGCUGCCUUCCAGCGCUACUACAAUCUGGAGAUCCUGCACGCGCGCUGGGCCAUGCUAGGAGCGCUGGGAGCGGUGGUGCCGGAGGCGCUGCAGCGCUACAGCGACGCCACCUUCUUAGAGGAUGUGUGGUGGCGCGUGGGGGCCGCCAAGCUGGCGGGGGACGACCUGGACUACCUGGGCGUGGCGGGGCUGCACCUUGCCGGGGGGCAGGGCGUGGUCGUGAUCGCUGCCGCACAGUUCCUGCUCAUGGGCGCUGGACCUGCUGCGCUCAUUCCUACUCCGCAACACCACCUCUCCCCCGCCCUUUCCCACCUCGCCCAGCUGCUUCCACAGUACGCGUGCUACACGGGGCACUGGAGUUGCUCGGCUUAUUCUUACUCCCUCGCCCAAUCCCACCCAACCCCCCACUCGCUUCGCCCCCAGCUGGGUCCAGUCCAGACUAAGCGCGCUACAUUGUCCCUUCCAACUCCCCCCACUCUCCCUCCCUCCACUUUCCUGUUUCCCCUCCCUCCACUUUCCUGUUUCCCCUCCCUCCACUUUCCUGUUUCCCCUCCCUCCACUUUCCUGUUUCCCUCUCUCCACUUACCUGUUUCUCCCCUCGCUCCACAGCUGGGUCCAGAAGCACGGCGCUACACGUGCAUAGCGGCGUUGAAGGCGCUGUGGGUAUUUCAUCUCCCUCCCCCCAUUCUCCCCCCUCCCCUUCCUGACCCCUCCUGUUAUGCUCUUCCCCCUCCUCCCACACCAGCUAGGGCCAGAGUACGCGCGCUACACGGGCAUAACUGCGUUGGAGCCGCUGGGGUGUUCCUGCCGGGCGACAUCAACCACCCGGGCGGCUGGCUCUUCGACCCGCUGGGGCUGUCCAACGAUGCACAGCGGUUUGAGGACUUGAAGGUGGGUGCAGGGGGUGCUGGUACGUGCAUGGGUGGUGAUGCGUGCAUGGGUGCUGAUGCGUGCAUGGGUGCUGAUGCGUGCAUGGGUGGUGAUGCGUGCAUGGGUGCUGAUGCGUGCAUGGGUGCUGAUGCGUGCAUGGGUGCUGAUGCGUGCAUGGGUGCUGAUGCGUGCAUGGGUGCUCAUGCGUGCAUGGGUGCUGAUACGUGCAUGGGUGCUGAUGCGUGCAUGUGUGCUGAUGCGUGCAUGUGUGCUGAUGCGUGCAUGUGUGCUGAUGCGUGCAUGGGUGCUGAUGCGUGCAUGGGUGCUGAUACGUGCAUGGGUGCUGAUGCGUGCAUGUGUGCUGAUGCGUGCAUGGGUGCUGAUGCGUGCAUGGGUGCUGAUGCGUGCAUGGGUGCUGAUGCGUGCAUGGGUGCUGAUGCGUGCAUGGGUGCUGAUGCGUGCAUGGGUGCUGAUGCGUGCAUGGGUGCUGAUGCGUGCAUGGGUGCUGAUGCGUGCAUGGGUGCUGAUGCGUGCAUGGGUGCUGAUGCGUGCAUGGGUGCUGAUGCGUGCAUGGGUGCUGAUGCGUGCAUGGGUGCUGAUGCGUGCAUGGGUGGUGGGUGUUGA